UCCAUUGGCUGCGGGCGGUCGGGGCGGCGGCGGCGGCUGCCAUUGGCCUGCCCGGGUCCUCCCAGGAAGUUCUGGGGGGAGGAAAGAAAAGUUUUUUGGGGUGGUUUUCUUUCCCCCCCCGCCUCCUUUCCUUUUCCUUCUUUUUUUUUUUUUUUUUUUUCUUUUGGAAAAAAGGAAAAAGGCAAGAGGCGCGCGGGGAUCGCGGGGCGGGCGGCGGAGCGGGCAUGGUGGGGCCGCGGAAGCCGCCCGGGCGCUGAAGCCGCCCCGCCGCCCUGGCUGCCAGCGCCCGGCCCCGCCGCGACCCCGGCCCCGGCCCCGCCGGCCGCGGCGCCCCCGCCAUGACGCCGGAUCUCCUCAAUUUCAAGAAGGGAUGGAUGUCCAUCCUGGACGAGCCAGGAGAGUGGAAGAAACAUUGGUUCGUGCUGACCGACUCAAGCCUGAGGUAUUACCGGGACUCAAACGCAGAGGAGGCUGAUGACCUUGACGGAGAAAUCGACCUCCGUUCCUGCACGGAUGUGACAGAGUUCGCGGUGCAGCGCAACUACGGCUUCCAGAUACACACAAAAGAUGCCGUCUUCACCCUGUCAGCGAUGACCUCUGGCAUCCGGCGCAACUGGAUUGAGGCCCUGAGGAAGAAUGUGCGCCCAGUCAGUGCUCCAGACGUCACCAAGCUCCCUGACUGUGACAAGGAGAACUUUCGUAACUGCGUUCCCCAGAAAGGCGCACUCCGGACGGAGGAGCAGCAGCGGCCGGGCUCAGGCUCCGAGGGGAACUCCAAGGGCAGUCACUGGAAGGCAGAUGGGCAGCGCCAUGCCUUUGACUAUGUGGAGCUGUCCCCCUUGCCACAAGACCCUGGAAAUCAGGGGUCCCUGCAGAGGACAAAAGGGAGCUUGAGGAUCUCCGACCGAACUCCCAAGUACGAGGAGCUGGAGCGGGAUCUGGCCAUCCGUUCAGAGGAGAGGCGGAAAUGGUUCGAGACCCCCGAUGGCAGGGUCCCAAACAGCGAUGGCCCCGCAGGAGACCCUUCCUGCAAGGCCGGGGAGCAGGACCUCCCCGCUCCUCCGCUUUCGGAGGACCAACGGAUCCGUCUGAAUGAGGAGAUAGAGAAGAAGUGGCUGGAGCUGGAGCGCCUGCCCUUGAAGGACUUGCGGCGGGUGCCCUUGACAACACUGCUGAACCAAAGCAAGGACGGCCAGGGAGACACCAAUGAGGCGCUGAAAAAGGAGAUCCAGUCACUGCGGGCACAGCUGGAGUCCUGCCGGGCCAGAAAUGAGAGCCUUCGGGAGGCAGCAAAGUCCCAGGGGGACAGCCAUGUGCCCCAAGGGUACAUCUCACAGGAGGCCUGCGAGCGCAGCCUGGCUGAGAUGGAGUCAUCCCACCAGCAAGUGAUGGAGGAGCUGCAGCGGCAUCACCAACGGGAGCUGGAGCGGCUGCGGCAGGAGAAGGAGCGGCUCCUGGCAGAGGAGGCGGCGGCAACGGCAGCAGCCAUUGAGGCACUGAAGAAAGCCCACCGGGAGGAAAUGAAUAAGGAGCUGGGCAGGACACGGAGCUUCCAGCAAUGCAGCUCGCUCCCAGAAGCCCUCCAGAAGCAGCACCAGUUGGACAUGGAGUCACUGAAGCGGGAACUGCAGGUGCUUUCUGAGCAGUAUUCCCAAAAGUGCCUGGAAAUUGGGGAGCUCACCCAGAAGGCGGAAGAGCGGGAGCAGAUAUUGGAGCGCUGUCAGCAGGAGGGGAAGGACCUCCUCCAGAAAAAUCAGGAGCUGCAGACCCGCCUCUCGGAUGAGAUCGGGAAGCUGCGGAGCUUUAUUUCAUCGCGGGGCUCUGGGGACCGCGCUUCGCACAACAAUGAGCGGAGUUCCUGCGAGCUGGAGGUGCUGCUGCGGGUGAAGGAGAAUGAGCUCCAGUAUGUAAAGAAGGAGGUGCAGUGCCUCCGGGAGGAGCUGCAGAUGAUGCAAAAGGACAAGAGAUUCGCCUCAGGGAAAUACCAAGAUGUCUAUGCAGAGCUGAAUCACAUCAAGGUGCGCUCAGAGCGAGAGAUCGAGCAGCUGAAGGAGCACCUGCGCCUGGCCAUGGCGGCUCUGCAGGAGAAGGAGUCACUGUGCAACAGCAAGUAGCGGUCUGCUCUACAUUUGUUAUCUGUUCUUGUUUUGUAUUUGCUCCAUUCCUCACCUGUGAGGAGAGAGAGGUUGAAUCCCCACCCAUUACCACCUUGGCAAGGAAUCCCACACACCCCCAACCUCCUCUUUCCCCUCCCAAAGCUUUUUUUGAUGAAACCCUUUUUGCCUGCAUACCUGAGCACAUUGUUUGGACUGGCUCCUUACAUGCACCUUCUUCAGGAUUUUAUAUGUGAAAAUUGUAUUUUAUAGAGGAAUUUUUUCCCCCAUGGAAAGAAGGGGAAGAGGAGGAGGAAAACUUCUACCACAUCACCAGCAUUUUUCUAACCUGAAAAAGAGAACCUGUUUUUUCCCCCCCUUUCCUAGCCCCGUUUCUCCUGGCCACACACAGCCACCUUCGGCACAUAUUCCCUCUCUUCCAAACGUCUCCACGGUCCCCCUGGGAUGUACGGCAAGGACCAUGCUCCCCCUCCCCGUGCCACCCCCAGGGACCCGCGGAGAAGACACGCAAGCCAUAGGAGGGAGCCGCCGGGGCAAUCUGCCAUGGAUGUGCUUGCCUGAGAUGCUUGAAAGAGGACACCUUGGCAAGAGUCCGCAUGAUCGAGCUCUCUCUCCGUGACUGCCCUUUUGGCUCCUGCAAGAACCUGAACUGGCAGGAGCCCAGAGCCACGGGGCUUCUCCUUUCUGGGGAAGAGGAGCUGUGAGGCUGCUACUGCACCCGCCCGAGUCAACCUCCCCAAAGUGGCAGCUGCUGCUGCUCUGCUGUGCCCUUCAACUUUUAAAUUAAUAAAAUCUUCCCCUUUUGCUGAGAAAAA